AUGUUCCAAUGUCCAAAAUGCCAAAGGACCUUCGCGGUGAGGAAAAGUUUGUUGAGACACUGUAGAGCGAGGUGCAGCCAGGAUGAGGAGCCCGCAUCCAAGCGUCCAUGUAAUGCAACCGCUCCACGCAGCACUGCAGACAAGUGGGAAUGUCCUCGAUGCCGGCAAAAAUUCUCGGCACGAAAAGGUUUACUGCGACAUGGUAGAGAGGUCUGCACAAGCGAGAAGAGUCCACCCGAACAACAACGUGUAGAAGCUAGCAUCACCCAGACCACCACAGGACUCAAUACCAGACGACUGGAUCCUUCAACAGCCAACGUUGCAAUACCGGGACCGAGUCGAAUGAGUCCAACCACCAGUAACGACUCACAGACGAGUGCGGAAAGCAGAACAAUUCGCUGUGAUAGUUGCAACUGUGAGGUACCGAGGAAUGCACAUGCAGCACAUCUGAAAAGCAUCAAACAUAAGGCACAUCUAUGGACACCUUUACACAAUAAUGUGUCAGUAUGUCGAAGUGCAUUUCGGGGUAGAAUAGUCAGUUAUCAAAUAACCGCCAGUAUAGACACGUUGAACGUUACUGAAUAUAUGAAUAAUCUUGAACAUGACUCCAUAAACGUGAUUGAAAAUGAAUUGCAUAAGCAAACAACGCUCAAAAUAAAUAUGGAACUUUUUGGUUUAUAUAUCUUACCAGCUAAAAGCCGACGAGAGGUGAAGUCCCACAAUACAAACAAUGUAAUCAUAACACAAUCAUCAAAUUUAAAAGCAAUCUAUCAUGAUUUGGAAAGUAAAAUAGAGCAAAAAUCUGAAGAUUUUGCAGAAAAAGACUCAGGGUGGGUGUUAGAAAAGACUUUAUAUUUAGAAAUUAAUAUUAAUAAAUAUAAUCCUUUGAGAGCAGCAUCAUAUUUGCCGCUUCCAAAGGAAAUUAGGAACAAAAAAGCAGUACUCAAUAUACGUAAUAACGAUGAGUACUGCUUUGCAUGGUCAAUUGUAGCUGGUAUGGUAAAACCAAAAGGUCGAUCAUCACUAACAACGUCAUAUCUACAUUUUUCGAAUGUUCCGGGCUUAAACUUUGCUGGAAUGACAUUUCCAGUCGCUCUCAAGUCAAUAUCAGAAUGUGAAAGCGUGAAUAACAUAUCAAGCAACGUUUAUGGAUUAGAAAAGGAAUUCAUUGAUGGGAAGCCUAAAUAUCAGGUGCUGGGACCGUUACACUACACCGCGCAAAAACAACAUACUCAUCUAAACUUAUUACUUAUUGAUGAUUCAGAAGGAAACCAUCAUUACUGCUUAAUUACCAACUUUUCAAGACUUGUUUCAAGUCAGUUGUCGCGGAAUACGAGAGUAAAGCACUUUUGUGAUGGGUUUUUACAAUACUUUGCCUCAAAAGAAAAAUUAGAAAUUCACAUGCGAACCUAUUGCAAAUAUAUUUCAGUUAAGGUUCCAAAAUUGGAAACGAGAGUUAAUCGACUUGGAAACACGGUAAUGGAUAAUAUACUAAAAUGUGAACAGCAUCACAAACAAUUAAGGCUACCAUUUUGCGUUUAUACCGACUUUGAAUGCAUUCUAGCUCCGAUAGAAAAUGACUCAAGCGAUUCAGAGGAUCACCAAUAUAGUAAUAAGGUGUCUUUAGCAUACACGGACACUGAUUCGUUAAUAGUACAUGUUGAAACCGAUAAUUUCUAUGAAGACAUGAAAUCACACGUGCAUUACUUUGACACAUCCAAUUAUGAUGCUGACAACCCACAUAACAUGCCUCGAACAGCGUCAGAGUUGGGUAAGAUGAAAGACGAAUAUGGUGGCAAGGUACUGUCUGCCUUUUAUGGUACAGGUCCCACAGCAUACUGUAUCGAUGCUGUAGAUCAAGUGGCUAAACGAGCUAAAGAUAGUUACUACCCCGAUGUGCUUUCCAGUGUAAUAACAAGAAAGAAAUAUCUUGACUGGGUGGUACAGGAAACGCUGCAAAGUCUAAAGGAUACAGGUUGUGAGGUUUUAAGCAUCAAAGAAUUUGGAGACCUGCUGACGAACAUGCACUCCACACCAUCAGCAUAUGAACAAUACUAUUUCUGUAAGUUGUUAUCUGACAGUAACUAUGAAGAUGUAGAUAAACCACAUCCUGUAGAAAAUAUUACUAAGAGAUAUAAAAACACUGUAUCCCAUAUCGAUGAAACCAUAUGUAAAAUUGCAUAUCUGGCUGAUUGUGCAUCACUGAAGAGUCUAAUCGAUGUGAUACAGCAGCAUGAUAUUAAAUUUGUAUUUGAUAUAGAAAAUAAGAUAAGACAUUAUACUGUAUUUAAAUGGUUAAAGAAAAACGUAGCUAAAGAUCGGUGGAGUAAUGUAGUUUAUUUGGGUAAAGAGACCGUAUUGAAGUUAUUUCAAUUAGCCCCGCUGAUUGCCUAUACGAUGAAUAUGUUGAAAACUCAGGAGUUCCAGGAUGUACAAACCAAGCACAUCGAUGUGCGAGACUUCAUUAUGCAACACAUCUCUGAUUUGCCGCAUUCGGAGAACAUCAGGACUGCUAUGGAGCUGGCAUACCAAUAUCCAAACUUGAAAGAAUUCAACAAGGCUCCAACACUGAACUUUUAUUCAAAUUACUUAUCCUAA